GGUCGGAAGUCCCCGGCGACGCACGCUGUCAUGGCUGCGCCGGUGCUGAGGUGUGUUCGCGGGCUGGCGGGGCGCGUGGGCUUUGCGACGGUCCCGCGGAGAUAUCGACAUAAGAAGAAAUGGGCUUCCACAGAGCCCCGGUUCCCUGGGAGUCAACUGGCUCUGCAGAAUUUUGACAUGACUUACAGCGUGCAGUUUGGGGAUCUUUGGCCAUCUAUCCGUGUCAGUCUCCUCUCAGAGCAGAAGUAUGGUGCACUGGUCAAUAACUUUGCUGCUUGGGAUCACGUGAGUGCUAACCUGGAGCAGCUGAGUGCCAGGGACUUUGUGAAUGACGCCGUCACCCACUGGGAACUGGAGCCUGAGAGUGGCCAAGCUGCAACGCCACCCCCAGCCUCCUGGGCCUGUAGUCCAAACCUUCGAUGCUUCACUUUUGCCAGAGGAGAUGUCAGCCGCUUCUCUCCGGCCAGACUUGGCAGCCAAGGUGUUAUGGACUACUACCUGAUGGAUGCCGCUUCCUUGCUGCCUGUCCUGGCCCUUGGCCUGCAGCCUGGGGACACCGUGCUUGACCUGUGUGCGGCCCCAGGAGGAAAGACAUUAGCAUUACUUCAGACUGGCUGUUGCCGCAAUCUUGCUGCCAAUGAUCUGUCCACUUCCCGGACAGGCAGACUACAGAAGGUUCUUCACAGCUAUGUGCCUCAGGAUAUCAGGGAUAGAGUUCGAGUCACCUCGUGGGAUGGCAGGAAGUGGGGAGAACUCGAGGGGGACACCUAUGACCGGGUGCUGGUAGAUGUGCCCUGUACCACCGACCGCCACUCCCUUCAUGAAGAGGAGAACAACAUCUUUCAGCGGUCAAGGAAGAAGGAACGGCAGAUGUUGCCCAUGCUGCAGAUGCAGCUUCUUGCGGCUGGACUCCUUGCCACUAAACCAGGAGGCCAUGUGGUCUAUUCCACCUGCUCACUCUCACACUUACAGAACGAGUAUGUGGUGCAAGGGACCAUGGAGCUCCUGGCCAAUCAAUACAGCAUCGAGGUUCGGGUGGAAGACCUGACCCACUUCCGAAAGCGCUUCAUGGACACUUUCUGUUUCUUCCCAUCCUGCCGGGUUGGGGAACUGGUAAUACCAAACCUUAUGGCCAAUUUUGGGCCUAUGUACUUCUGCAAAAUGCGUAGACUGACAUAGCGUCAUCCUGUACCUGAAAUAGACAGAGUGUACUCUGCUGGAGGCAUUGGAAGCCAGGAGCAGUGGCAGAGCUGCACUCAUGUCUCGAUCCUGUUCGAGUCUUUCGGCAGAUAGUGUUCAGUAGUAGGAAGUAGGAGUUUUUCUGUCCUGCUGUCCAAUUGUGGAGCACCAGCAGGUUUCCAAUUUACCUAUUAACUCCCAUCUCCAGACCUGUGCUAAAAGUUCCUGCCCUUUGAGGGGCCUAGAAUGAGGAGCCAGUGAGCAAGCCCAUACUUUAAGCUGUAAACUUGAGAAGAAGCAUUAAGUCAAUAAAAUUGUUGAAGUUGUGUAGAGCUGGGGCUGCAGAGGGGGCUUCAUGUCAGUUUAAGCACCAUUUGUUCAUUCCCAGGCUUCAGCCCAGGGCCUCAGCCGGGACGCAGGCCUCGGAUUACAGGCCCAUCACACUUGAACUGGAGUUCUGCCAAAUCAGUCCUGAGCAGUCAACAGGCCAAAACCUACCCAGUUCCUCCCUGUGACCCGUGGUCUAAUUUAAGGAACAAGCAACAGUGUUAAGCCGGUGCGUCACAAUCUGCUUCCUUACCCAUGUGAGAAAACUUUCCUGGGCUGGAAAAUUCUGGCCACUCCUCGUGCCACCUAAAUGUGGCUGGGAGGCUUGCUUUUGCCACAGGCAUGUCAUGUGUUUUCCUUUGUUCAUCCAUCUAGCAAUUGUUUGGCAAGCUCCUGUAGGACAGGUGGUUAGGGAGGUAGUAGAGAUGAAGUGGUUGGGAUCGUGGGAGAUAAUCAGACUUCCUCAUUUUUCCAAAUGGGACUCUCAUCUGCUUCCUGAGAGAGGUUUCUUUCAAAGAUUUAUUUGUUGAAAUAUUUACCGAAAUUUAUAUUUGAAAGGCAGAGUUUCAGAGAGGGAGAGACACAGAGAGAGGGCUUCUGUCCACUGGUUCAUUCCCCAAAUGACCACAACAGCUAGACUGGGCCAGCUGAAGUCAGGAGCCAGGUACUUCAUCUGGUCUUCCGUGUAGGCAGCAGUCUGGGUUUUUUUUUUUUUUUUUUAAUAAAAGAUUUAUUUAUUUAUUAGAAACUCAGAGUUAUAUAUAGAGAGAGAGAGACUGAGAGAGAGCAAUCUUCAAUUUGCUAGUUCACUUCUCCAGUGGCUACAACAGCUGGACUGAGCCUGGUCGAAGCCAGGAAUCAGGAACUUCAUCGGAGCCUCUCCAUGGGUGGCAGGGGACCAAGUACUUUAACCAUCUUCUGCUGCUUUUCCAGGCCAUUUGCAGGGAGCUGGAUCAGAAGCCCAGAGCAGCCAGGACUUGAACCCGUGCCCAUAUGGCAUGCCAGUGUCACAGAUAGUGGCCCUACCUGCUGUACCACAAUGCCAGCCCCAAGUCUGCAAUUUUUAUUCUUUUUUCUAGUCUGCAGCCGAGCUCUGGUGCCUGUCCUUGGCCCCUCCUCCAAGGGCUGUGCCCCACAGAGUAUGCAUGUAUGUAAUCUAUGUUGUUUUUGUACCAUUAGCCAAAAGAAAUUAACCUUUAGUGGCAGGGAUAUUAAAAAUUGCUUAUGGUCACCUACAGAUUAUUUUUGUUAAAUUUUUUUUUUCCUGAAAAACUGAAGAAAAGGUGCAUAACUUUAGAAUACAUGGGACCUUGUUUCUGUGUCUUCCCACUUCUGUUAACCUUCCUUUUGCUCUUGUUCUUUGUGCCUUUCCUGCUAAUCAGUUGAGAAGACUUUAACAUAGGUUAAGCUUUUUCCUUUCUUGGGAUUUACAUUGUAACUGAGGGCCCUAGAAAACCUUUUAGACUCAAAGUGAAGUGAAGAUAGGGAGGUGGAGCUCCAGGGAACUCCGCAAAUGCUCUGAGUAGGGCCCCAGCCAGCCUCCAUGCCUGACCUGUGGUCCCUGCCAGCUGUUCACUCUCUGCUUAUAUUUGCUGAGGCUGAGAGGACUAAUUGAGUGCUAAAGCAAUGGUAUGUCAAGAGGAGAGGUUCUCUCGCCCCUGGGUCACAGUAGAACUGGGGACAAACAGACUCAGGUAAGCUAAGCAGAGAACUAUUUUUUUUAAAGAU